AUGGUACACAUAUCUGAUCAGGCAAUGAGCUGGCGACGCUCUGAGACGUCAGGGCAGCCAAAUGCGAGCGGGUACAGCGCCACAUACGCGGCGCACCGCACCAGCGGCACCGGCAGCAGUGGCAGCGGCGGCGGCGGCAAGCACUCGCACCACCACGCCAGCAGCGGCCAGAGCGGCGGCCACUACCACCAGCAGCACCACCACCCGCACCACCGCGGCCAGCAUCACACGCAGCACAGGCACGCCGGACACCAACCCCAGCAGCCGCAGCACCCCGCGGCGCCGCUCGCCGUGCAGCCGUUUGAUGCCGGCGAAGCGCGGGACGCCUUGGACGCCCGAUGGGAGGAGGUGCAGCAGCAGCAACAUAGCGGUGGGCAGGUCCAAGCGGACGGGCAGCAGGUGGACGGCGGCGACGGCAGCAGCGGCGGUGUCAGCGGCGUGGCAGCAGCAAAUCCGAUUGACCCGCAGCAGCAGCAGCAGCAUGAGCAGGAUCAGAAGCAGCCAACAGUCGCGGAAGAUUUGAGUGAGGGCAAGGAGGCCAGCGUGGCGGCCGCAGCAGCGCCUGAGGAGCAACCGGCUCCGCCGGCCAAUGGCACCUCGGCUCCAGACGACUUCCUGGCUUCCCUAAAGGCGCUGCUCGACGCAAAGAACGCGGUGGCGGUUUGA